UUUUUUUCUCGCACGCUCUUUUUUGUCGAACACCUCUCUUCCUCGUUCGGAAACCUCAGCCGAUCAAACACUGAAACAGCAACAACUAAGGGCGUUCAAGGACUAAUCGAUCUGGGAGGAUCUCUGAUCUGGGUCUGGUUUUCUCUACCUCUGUUAUUGCUUCUGUAAGACUGAUUCAUUGGGAGAAUUUCCAAUCUAGGGAAAAGAUAAGGAUUCGCUGAAGCAUUAAAGGAUCUAGUUGAGUCUGUUGUGAUUCUCCAUGGCAUCUCCUGUACCCCCUGGGGUACCUAGACCAGGCAACCCCCCCCCUAAUUUCAAUCCCAGUGUGCAGAGAACUCCCGAUUCUUUAGCCGAUAACAUGCAGAAUCUACAAAUCAAUCGCCCACCUACAAUGCCUAAUGCGCUUGGUCCUCGCCCUGCCCCAUUUGGGUCGCCACUUUAUCCUGCUCCUGCCUCAUCAGCUCAUCCUGCCAGUGUAUUUCCCGGUGCCUCACCUGUAAUGCCCAAUCCACCUGGUACCCGUCCCGCCCCCUUUACGACUGCACCAUCAGCUGCUCCUCCGGUUUCUUUUCCCGGUGCUUCUCCGGUUUCUCGUCCUGGCCCACCUCCAGCUGGAUUCCCAAGAGCUGGGCCUCCUCCAACUACCCCUCCGCAAGCUAGUGUGACACCAAAUGUUCCUUCCGGCCGGCCUUCAGGCCCUCCGUUUGCGCAACCUCCGCCCUUUGGUACAAGGCCACCAUCUAAUGCUUUCCCUUCUGCAUCUCUGACAACGGGUCCAGUUGCCCCUCCUUCAAGUGCACAGGGUCCAGUUUCCACUAUACCUCCUUCGAAUGUAUUGGGUCCAAUUAGUAACGGCCCCCCUGUCUUUACAUCAGGGGCUUUGCCAGGUGGCCCCCGAUUUCCUUCCAUUGGCAGUACUCAGCAGCCACCAGUUGGGCCUCCACCAUCACUUGUGCAGAAUAGGGCUUCACAGCCUCCUAACAUGCGUCCAUUUGCUGGAAGUCUUGCCGCCAUUGCACCACCAGCAUCAUCCUCUCAACCAGUGCCACCUUUUUCGGCUGCAAGUCAAGGCAUUCCACCGCCUUCAGCUUCUCCAUAUGGGGCUCAGACGUGGCAGAUGCAACCCCGGCAGGAAUUGUUUGAUUGCUUUCAGGUGGCUCCACCAAUACCUGGUGCAACUCAACCACCUAGAAUGUAUGGAAUGCCUCCACCACCAAACCAACCUAUGACUGGUGUACCACCUGCCAUGGGUCACCUCCCAGUUGCUGGAGCUCCAUUGGGAGGGACAUCAAAGAUUGAUCCCAAUCAAAUCCCACGCCCCAUCCCAAAUUCCUCGGUGAUCCUGUAUGAAACUCGACAAGGAAAUCAGGCUAACCUUCCUCCGCCUGCUACAAGCGAUUACAUUGUUAAGGAUACUGGCAAUUGCAGCCCGCGUUACAUGAGGUGCACCAUUAAUCAGAUCCCAUGCACUGGUGACCUUUUGUCAACCUCUAGCAUGCAGUUAGCUUUGAUGGUCCAGCCUUUGGCUCUCCCCCAUCCAUCUGAGGAGCCCAUCCAGGUUGUGGAUUUUGGAGAAGGUGGGCCUGUUCGUUGUUCUCGUUGCAAAGGGUACAUUAAUCCUUUCAUGAAAUUCAUUGAUCAAGGGAGGCGCUUCAUUUGUAACUUAUGUGGGUUUACUGAUGAAACUCCCCGUGACUAUCACUGCAAUUUAGGGCCAGAUGGUAGGCGUAGGGAUGCUGAUGAACGGCCUGAGCUAUGUAGGGGAACGGUGGAAUUUGUUGCAACAAAGGAAUACAUGGUCCGUGAUCCAAUGCCAGCUGUCUUCUUCUUCCUUGUAGAUGUAUCCAUGAAUGCUAUACAGACUGGUGCAACUGCAGCAGCAUGCAGCGCAAUUAAUCAAGUUAUUUCAGAUCUUCCUGAAGGUCCUCGAACAAUGGUUGGUAUCGCAACAUUUGACUCAACGAUCCAUUUUUACAAUCUCAAGCGUGCAUUGCAACAACCUCUGAUGCUCAUUGUUCCUGAUAUUCAAGAUGUCUACACCCCUCUCCAAACUGAUGUCAUUGUUCAACUUUCUGAGUGCCGUCAGCAUUUGGAGCAGUUACUGGAGAACGUUCCAACCAUGUUUCAGAAUAACAGAGUUGCUGAAUCAGCUUUUGGUGCGGCAAUCAAGGCUGCUUUCUUGGCGAUGAAGACCACAGGGGGAAAGCUUCUUGUAUUUCAGUCAGUGUUGCCAUCAGUUGGUAUUGGAGCCCUUUCUGCUAGGGAAGCUGAAGGAAGAACUAAUACCUCUGCAGGAGAGAAGGAAGCCCAUAAAUUGCUCCAACCGGCAGACAAGACUUUGAAGACAAUGGCAAUAGAAUUUGCUGAGUACCAGGUUUGUGUUGAUGUCUUCAUAACUACCCAGACAUAUGUAGAUAUUGCUUCCGUCUCUGUUGUCCCAAGAACUACUGGAGGACAGGUUUAUUAUUACUACCCCUUUUCAGUUCUUUCUGAUUCUGCAAAGCUUUACAAUGAUCUUAGAUGGAAUGUUACAAGGCCCCAGGGUUUUGAGGCUGUAAUGCGUGUAAGGUGCAGCCAGGGUCUUCAAGUUCAAGAAUACUAUGGUAAUUUUUGCAAACACAUACCAACAGAUGUUGAUCUUCCUGGGAUUGACUGUGACAAAACUAUAAUGGUCACCUUGAAACAUGAUGAUAAAUUCCAGGAGGGAGCUGAAUGUGCUUUUCAGUGUGCCCUUCUGUACACAACUGUAUACGGUCAAAGAAGAAUCAGAGUUACUACUUUAUCACUUCCUUGCACGUCUGUACUCAGCAACCUGUUCCGUACAGCUGAUUUGGAUACUCAAUUCGCAUGUUUCUUGAAGCAGGCGGCAAAUGAAAUACCUACCACCCCCCUGUUGCAAGUCCGGGAACAAAUGACAAAUCUUUGCAUCAACAUUUUGCAUUCUUACCGGAAAUUCUGUGCAACAGUAUCAUCCUCUGGACAACUAAUUCUUCCUGAGGCACUCAAGCUUCUGCCUCUAUAUACACUUGCAUUAGUUAAAAGCAUAGGACUGAGAACUGAUGGCCGAAUUGAUGAUCGCUCGUAUUGGAUUACUCGUGUUGCCUCCCUCUCUACCCAUUUGGCAGUUCCUCUGGUAUAUCCGAGGAUGAUAGCUAUUGAUAACCUUAUUUCAGAGGAGUAUGAUGGGUCUCUGAUCCCCCCAACAAAGCCACUUUCCAGUGAGCAUUUAUCUGAGGAUGGUAUAUAUCUUCUGGAGAAUGGUGAGGAUGGUCUGCUUUAUGUUGGGAAUGCAGUUAACCCUGAUAUUUUGCGGCAACUAUUUGGGAGCUCCUCUAUUGAUGAAAUUCCUAUGCAGCUUGUGCUGCAACAAUAUGAUAAUCCCUUGUCGAAGAAACUAAAUGAUGCUGUUAAUGAGAUAAGGCGCCAAAGAUGUUCCUAUCUUCGACUAAGAUUGUGCAAGAAAGGAGAUCCAUCUGGAGUUCUCUUCCUUUCUAAUAUGGUUGAAGAUAAGACUCCGAGCGGCCUCUCUUAUGUUGAGUUCCUUGUACAUAUCCACCGGCAAAUCCAAACUAAAAUGGCGUGAUCUUGUGGUUUUAUUUCCAUUCCUCUACUAAAGGCGUAAACAUGAGAAGGGCAGAGGAAGUGAGAAAUCCAUGCUUUGAUGUGUGCUUUCAGAGUUCCUCCAUCUCUCGAUUUCCAUUGGAGAGAAAGCACAAUUAAUUUCGCAAUAGGAAUUUUGUUACUACUAGGUUCAGCUAAUAUAUUCGAUAGGGAGGUAUUAAUAAAUAUAAAAUAUAGCUUUUCCUGUUUUCUCUUUGUUUCUCCACUUUUCUUAUGUGUUGUUCUUUAUUCUUUUGCUUUCCUUAUUUUCUCCCUUUUUAUGCUAUAGACCAUUUUUUGUCCUUUUUUUUUUCUGGUUGAACUGUAAAUACAAGACUUUUAAGAUAUGGAUAGAAACGGGCUUGAUUGUUCA